CUCCGAGCACUUUCGUUGCAGGUUUAAGGAUCGAGCCAUCAUACUCGCGCAAUUUUACAAAGAUAACAGUAAUUGACAAAAUAAAAUUAUGUACAUACGAAAACAGGUGUUUUCUAUUUAAUACGUUAACUCUGUGUAGGAUCUUGAUUAAAGUAUCACGCGAUAACAACUAUUCACGCAAUCCAACCGUGCUCGAGAACUUUGCAAACUUUACGGCGCGACCGAUUUUCGUGAGAGCUUUGCAAACGAUAGAUUGCGAAAAGGAAAAUUGUACAAAUAAAAAGAAUGAAAUAAGAAUUGCGCAAAAAAUUGUAAAAAUCGUCAUCGUGGAUAUCGUGGACGUGUUUGAUUAAUAAAGUAGAGCAGAGUGCACUUUUGAGAAUGUUUAGAAUAGAUUCUUAUCGACGAUAUCAAUGACCAGGGGGGGAUAAACGAAAAGCUGUCAAUAAGUGGUGAGACAAUGAUUAUCAGGAGAACAGUCGACGUAGAACGUUUCCAAAACAGUCUUUCGUAUCUCUACUAGUUACACCUCGUAGAUCGAGUGGCUAAUUUUUUUAAAUAAAGUGAUUUAUUGCGAAUAAAUCGGAUUUCUCUGCAAGAACUAAUUUACGAGCUGCCGUUUGUAACAACGAGGAACGUGCGUUUUUAUGAUGUGUCGCUAAACAACAAUGGGACUUGAGAAAUUGUUCUUCAGCCGCAUCAGAUGAUAUAGAACCAUGACGUUGUUUUACGCCACGAUGAUUUGGAACAAAUAUUUCUGGACGAUUGAUGAUUGACAUGACUUCUAAAGAACAUGAUACUGAGAAAACGAUUACAAUUGUUAAUCUGCGCACUAAAAAGUUUUUACGUGCUCGCUGGAAAUAGUUUGUUUGAUACGGAACAAUAUGAAACGACAGAUAUAGAAGGAAUUUCUGAAACCAGCGAUGUGUAUCUACGACAGUCGAUGGGGAUAGAAAAGUCUGAAAAUGAAACGAUGGAAGUUAAUAAAAUUGCUGAAAUUGGAAAGGUACGGAAUGUAAUAGUAAAUGCAACGGCCGAUACGAUUCAUUUAAAUUGGGAGGCACCAGCAAAUUAUCCAACAUGCGUAAAGUUGUUGCGCGUACGACAAUAUCCGAUGGCCUUAAUAUUAAAGUGAAAACGCGUUCACCGAAAUCUAGCGAAUCUCAAUUUCCGAUUAUAAAUGCUAAAGCAUUUUUUUUAUCCGUACAUUGGGAACCACCAAGAACAGCUUCAAUGUGUAUUAAACAUUAUCGCGUUACUAUUGAUCCACAAUCAAGAACAAUAAAAACAAAUGGAACAGAUGUGACAAUAAACAACCUGUACGCAUGUACUUCAUACUCUAUUUAUAUUACCGCGGUAGAUGAAGAUAAUAACGACGGAGAAAUGACCACCAUACAUACAAACACAACGUCCACUGCGGCAAAACCACCAAUAUUAAAUAUCAAAGAACCUUUAGUCUCGUCAAACAUUAUAGUGCUUUCAUGGAAAAUAGAAAAGGGAGAUAGUAAUUGCAUGUUAAUGUUUCUCGAAGUUAUGUGCAACUCGACAACAAUUAGUAAUCAUGGUUACAAAAUUAAAAAUGGAACGGCAAAAAUCUCUAUAAAUUCACCUAUUCAAGAUAAAUUUCUGAUUGUAAAUUCAACAAUUGAAAAUCUUAGCCCACAUACAACAUAUUCAUGUUGGGCGCAUAUAAUUAACGAAGCAGGAAUUAGUAAAUUAAGUGAUCCAGUCAAUGUAACAACAUCGGAAGAUAUACCGUCUGCUCCUGCACUCGGCGUUGUAAAUAUAACGCAUUCACAAUUUGUACUUACAUGGAAAACACCGGAAUAUCUGGCAGGAAAUUUAAAUAUGUUUGAACUAACACUUGAAUGGGAAGUAUGUUUCCUAGUACCGGAUUGGUGUAUAAACAAAUCAUUGGAAAAAAAUAUAAAAUAUUUUAGCGGGUCCACGUUUACUUUCGAAUAUCUAGAAGCAAGAGCGUAUACAAAUUAUAAAGCAAAAAUUAGAGCGAAAACAAACGCUGGUUGGGGAAAUUACAGUGAAUAUUUAGUAUUUCAAACACCAGUUGCAAUUCCAGGAAUGGUAACCAACUUUUCAUAUUUUAUUACACGUAAUGCAAGUAAUACGGAUACUUUGGACACGAUAUUAACAUGGGGCCUCCCAUGUUUUUCAAAUGGGAUAAUAGAAUAUUUUAACGUGGUUGUAAAUGGAACUCGAAAUAAUUACGAAUCGCACUCUUUUUCAACUAAACAAUAUAUUUCGAGCGAGAUUACGAAAAAUUAUAUGGCUGUUAUCAAUUUAAAACGUUUAAGGGCAGAGUAUAAUUACACUUUUGAAGUAUCCGCUAAAGUUAAGGAUGUUGAGGACUAUGGAGAAUCCGCGAGUUACAGUAACAUUUUAUAUCCUGCGGAUAUUCCUCCUCAGCCAGACGAAGACUACAUCAAAUCUAUAACUAUCGAUCCAUAUAAAGCACGAAAAUCUACCACAUCGGCUACUCUUUUGCUUCCUUUAUUUCCCGAUACAAAUGGCGAUAUCAUUUAUUAUUCUAUUAUAGUAUCAAGAACUAAGUAUAAUACCGAAUUGUAUAGCAGAUAUGAUUUAAACAAGCAUACAUGGCCAAAUAUAUCUUCGUGGGGAGAAGCAAUGUUACAAGAUUUCAUGAUACCCUACCAAGCUACUAGACUAUGUUGGAAUCCUUAUCCUACUUAUGUCGCUGAUUAUGGCGACAUGAAAGCGGUGAAGUAUACGCUUGGCGAAGAUACAAGUUGCAAGGAAAUUUCAUCUAAUACCAAUAAACGUGUUUAUUGCAAUGGACCCCUUAAACCAGACACAUGGUAUUACGUUAGAAUGCGGGCAUUUACGCGUGGUGGUUACGCUGACUCUUCAAUAUUUUUAAUAAAAACCAAUGCUGAAAUAAACAUCGAACUUGUUUGUGGAAUUGUUUUUGGUAUAUUAUUUUUGGGAAUUUUAACAACAAUGAUGUUAUUGGUUCGCAAAUGUUCGCCGCAAGUGAUACUGCGGAGAUUUCUACAUUCUGACAUGUCUGGUUCACCAGUGCCUACACCUUUUUCAAGGAAAAAAUUUAUAAGUCAUUGUCAGGAACUUAUUGACACUCCUGGGAAAUUAAGCAAUGAAUUUCGAUUACUACAAACUCUCAGUGUGGAUUUACAAAUGCCAACUAAUAGUGCCUGUUUACAAGCUAAUAAGAAAAAAAACAGAUAUUCCGAUAUUUUACCAUAUGACUUUUCCAGAGUUAAAUUAGAAGUGAUCGACAAUGAUCCUAAUACUGACUAUAUCAACGCAUCCUUCAUAAAAGGCUACUCAGGAGAAGACGAAUAUAUAGCUUGUCAAGGUCCAAAAGAAGAAACCACGUUUGAUUUUUGGAGAAUGGUAGACCAAUAUAAUAUAAAUAUUAUAGUUAUGUUAACUCAGUUAGUCGAAAAAGGCAAGGAAAAAUGUCAUCAGUAUUUUCCAACAAUUAGAGAAACUUUUAGAUAUGAAUAUAUGACUAUAAAAUGUAUAAGCGAAUUAGACUAUAGGUCAUAUACACAAAGAAUAUUUGUGUUGCAAAAGGAAAACGAUAAAAGAAAUGUAAUACAUUUACACUUUAAAGACUGGCCAGAUCACGAUGUUCCAGAGGAUUUUGAUCCAAUGAUCCAUUUUUGUCAAAUUAUACGUCGUAAUAUUCUAACACAUAAAAGAUAUAUUCUAAUUCACUGCAGUGCAGGAAUUGGUAGAACUGGUACUUUAAUAGCAGUAGAUAUACUUUUACAACAUCUUCGAGAUAAUAGAAAAUUAGAUGUAUUUGGAACAGUAUAUAGAUUGCGACAUAAUAGAAUAAAUAUGGUACAAAAAGAAAGUCAAUAUGCUUAUAUAUACAACUGUAUAAAGCAAGUACUAAAGAAUCCUUAUUAUUUAAAAACCUGUAAGUUCAUUAUAUCCAAUUUAAUGUAUUUGUUUAGAUAUAAAUAUUAUAAUCCUUUUGUUUACAGAUAAACCACCACCUAUGGAUCCGCUAAAUGAAAAUACUUCCAAGAAAUCAAAAGUAAUACUAAAUUAAAAUACAAAUCUAGUCAAAAGCAUAUAUUAUAUUUUUACAGUUAUAUUUAUACUAAAAUAAAUUAUAUGAAUGUACGUUA